CACAUUAAUAAAAAGGGAACCCAACCCAACCUGUUCCACACCUCCUCCUCGCCAUUAACAAACAACAUCUCUCCGCUUUCGAACGAUCGUGAAUCGAGGUCAAAAUGAAGAUCACUAUCUCUGCUAUGCUCAUUGCGCUGGCUGGCUUGGUGUCCAGCCAGAAUUUCGGCGCUGAACCUAGUUGUGCUAUCCCCUGCCUAACCUCCGCCUUCUCAGUCGCAGGCUGCGCCCUCACCGACCAAGCCUGCCAAUGCGGCACCGGCCAAGCCGCCAUCCAAACCGCCGUCACGCCCUGCCUCCUCUCCGCCUGCGACGCCGCCGACGUGAACUCCGCUGCGAGCGUUGGCUUCGCGCUCUGUUCUGCGUUUUCCAUGACCGCUGGAGCGAACGCGACGACUACCCCUUCUUCUAGCAGCCACUCGAGCACGAGUAUCAUCAUGAGUACGCCCAGCGCGACGACCAGUACGGUGACGGCUGUUACUACUAGUGUGGGGAGUGGAGUUACGAGCACCGCGACGACAACGAGUGCGAAGAGUUCGGGGACGGGAUCUGGGACCAGUAGUAGUGCGAGCGCGGUUAGUAGUGCAGGAGCGCAGAAGGGGCAGAUGAUGGCUGCGGGAUUGGGGGGUGUGGUUGGGGUAUUGGGAGCAGUAGUUGCUGCACUCUAAGUUGAGGAAACUGGGCGUUGCAUACCUUUGAUCUGGAUGUGGACGAUGAUGGCUUCUGCGUGGGACAAUAAUCUUGCAAUGGAC